AGCAGCCCCAUGGCCGGCAGGAGGAGGCGCACAGUCGCAGGAUGCUGCCGUCACUUCCCGAGGCGGAGACGGCGGCGAGAGAAGAACUGUUUGACUAACAAUGGCACCCAUGCUGAAUGUGAAAGAAGCCACUGGCAACCAAAGUUCUUGGAAUACUUUGCUACCAGAUUUCCCUAAGGGGCCUCUCUCCAAAUAUAGACAGAAAGCUUCCUUCAACUGGAAAGAGAUGGCAGUGUUUCUCGAUGGUGAAGAUAUCAUCCAGCUUAAGAACAGAAUCUUCUCUGCUCUAGAAAGUGAUCCUUUAUUUGCACAUCAUCCUGGAGAAGAAUUGAGCCGUGAGAAGUAUCAAGAGCUGACGUUCCUGCGCUGUAAAAGGCUCUUUGAGUAUGAUUUUGUUACUCAGCAAGAGAUCAUAGAGAACCCAUUGAUGAUAUUAAAUAUGGUUAUCUGUAUAGGAAUGUAUGACUGGUCUCCAUGUCUCCAAUUUUGCUUACACUGUGGUGUAUUUGGAGGUACAAUUUUGAGUGCUUCAAAAAGGUUUGCAGACUUCUUGGAGAAAAUUUAUAACAUGGAGAUUUUUGGAUGUUUUGCUCUUACCGAACUCAGCCAUGGAACUAAUACCAAAGGCAUACGGACCACUGCCACAUUUGAUCAUAACACUCAGGAAUUUGUCAUUAAUUCUCCUGACUUUGAAGCUGCAAAGUUCUGGGUUGGUAAUAUGGGGAAACAUGCCACACAUGCAGUUGUGUAUGCCCAACUCUACACUCCUGAUGGACAGUGCCAAGGAUUACAUUCCUUCAUUGUACAGAUUCGUGAUACAAAAACUCUCCUACCAAUGCCAGGAGUGAUGGUUGGUGAUGUAGGAAAGAAAAUUGGGCAGAAUGGGUUGGAUAACGGGUUUGCCAUGUUCCACAAUGUCAGGAUACCUAAGGAAAACAUACUGAAUAUAAGUGGAGAUGUCUCACCUGAAGGAAAAUACUCAAGUUCUCUCAAGGAUGACAAGGAGCGUUUUAGUGCAGCUCUUGGAUCCUUGUCCACUGGCAGAAUUCUGAUCACAGCAGUUUCUACGACCAAUUUAAAGCUUGCCUUGUCAAUAGCCAUUCGCUUCUCAGCAACUCGCCAUCAGUUUGGACCAACUGAUGAAGAAGAAAUACCUGUCAUUGAAUAUCAAACACAGCAAUGGCGUCUUCUUCCAUAUCUAGCUGCUGCAUAUGCAUUAGAUCAUUUUUCUAAAUCACUGUUUGAGAACUUCGUGGAAUUUUAUGCAGGCUUAUUGACAAGGCAAAGGAGUCAGAGACAGGCUGAUUUGGGACGUGAGAUUCAUGCCUUAUCUGCUGCCAGCAAACCACUGUCUUCUUGGACUGCUCAGCAGGCAGCCCAGGAGUGUCGAGAAGCUUGUGGAGGACAUGGUUACCUUGCCAUGAAUCGUCUGGGUGAAAUCCGGAAUGAUAAUGAUCCAAACUGCACAUAUGAGGGAGAUAACAAUGUCCUGCUUCAGCAAACCAGCAACUACUUAAUGAGCUGGAUGAAUUGCAUUAGAGAUGAAGUGCCUUUUGAAUCUCCUCUUGGAACAGUAAACUUUUUGCAAGACUACCACCAUAUCAUUGGCUGGAAAUUCAAAGCCAAUAGUGUAGAUGAUUGCAUGGACUCCUCAGUUCCUUUAGCAGCAUAUAAAUGGCUGGUUUGCUACUUGCUCCGAGAAAGUGACCUAAAGCUGAGAAAGCAGAAGCAGUCUGGGUGCAGUGAUUUUGAGGCAAAAAACAACUGUCAGGUGUAUUAUUGUCGAUCAUUAGCCAUUGCUUUUAUUGAACAAACAGUCUUACAAAGAUAUCACGACUACACUCAUGAUCCCAACAUACCAUCUACUCUGCAGCCAGUGCUUAAGAACCUCUGUGCUCUCUAUGGACUCUGGUCUUUAAGUAAACAUCUGGCUGUGCUCUAUCAAGGUGGCUAUGUUUCGGGUGAACAACCUGGUAGACUUAUUCAAAAUGCUAUUCUGGAGCUUUGUAGCAGGUUGAAAGAUGAUGCAGUUGCCCUUGUUGAUGUCUUUGCUCCUCCUGACUUCAUUCUCAACUCUCCCAUUGGUAAAGCUAGCGGGGAGGCAGGCUUUUUGCAGUGAUGCCACCACAGCUGCAAGACUUCUAUCCUAAGAGAGAUAAAGGAAUGGCAAAGGACAGCAAGCAAAUGAUUCCGGCUGGUGCUUUUACAGGACCUACACAGUUGCUACUCAAGAGAUUUCUCUCAAAGAGAUCUCAGCGUGGGCUGAUUUCCAUCAAACAAUUUAUCCUACUAAGGUACCUGUCACAACUCAAGCAACUCUUCCCCAGCUUUUGGGGAGGGUGGAAGUAAAGGGCUCCUUUAUAGAGAAGUAGUUUUUCUCAGUUGGCACCUGACUUCUUAGAUGAUACUUUGUGAACGGAAGAAUCAAGUCGGUCACACCUUGAAUGAGAGACACUGAACUUACACACCAGGCCUGAACAUUAAGAGAGUAUUAGUCUCUUGGAAUCUUUAUCCCAACUAUUCAGAUUUUCAUGAAAAAAUUGCAAUUCCCUAACUGCACAUUGGAAAUAAAAGCAUUUCCAACCGAUCAUAAACCUAAACUUCUUUGCAAAAUGCUGGGCAUAUGGUGCAUGCAGCCUGCUGAAUGCCAUAGAGGAUUUCAAAUUUACCUGUACUCGAGAAGCAAAACAAUGUGUGGAAAAAGGAAUAAAAUUCAGUCCUCUUGGUGGUAAAUGGAAAUGGCUGCAAUGGAUAGAACAGUUUUUCUAUUUGCUAAAAAUGCAGUUCAGUUUUGUAAGUAGAAAAAUAAAUUUCUUAGCAGCUGGUAUAAAGUGUAAUUGAACUGAUGGAAAGUUUGGCUGGAUGAUGGAGAUAUGGACACAAGCUGUGAGCUUUCACUCAGAUUUAAGCCAAGAUGUGAAGGUGUUUGGGCCUCAGAAAGCCAAUUCAACACUACUAGAGUGUUUUAGUUUUACCACUCAGCCACGUGCAUGGGGCUUUUCCAAGUUCAAGGGAAAUUAGACUCAUCAAACUUGAACUUAACCAGUCCAAAUUUGGCCAGACUACGUUUGGCUCACUUGCCUGGUGUAAUUAGAUGAGCUCUCAUAGGAUGAAGUUAGGAAAAUUUAAACUGGAAUAACAUUUCUACUGCUAGAAUGAAAUGGGAUUCCUCUGUCCGAGGUCUUUCAAAUAUGGACCACACAAAAUCCUAAGUACUUCUCCCAGGAACAAUCAUCCAUUGGCAGGAAUAUGGAAGGGAUGAGGUAAUAGAGCAUAGAUAUCAAAACCUCUCUUGAAGGUACAAAAAGGGAGUUAUAUAUCCCCAGUACUGAGCAAAAGAUAGGUGGGGAGGUUAAAGGAUAGCUCCAAAUAAAGUCAGAUAUAAUUGAGUAAUAAAAUAAAUUCAUAGGUGUGAUGUACAAAACUCUCAUCCAGCUGCUGUUAAUCCUGGCAACAGCAAAGUUUUGCUAUUAGCUCAGCUUUUCUCUAUAAAUGCUUCCAAGUGCACAUCCACGCUUUCCUCUCCACAGCAGCCCAGAGGCAAAGCCUGACAAGAAGCCCUCUAAGUUUGCAAGUAAAUUUGAAAACCCUCAAAAAGUUGUAAGGAAAAGAAAAAAAAGAGGGGAAAAUAAAAAGAGAGAGAGAAAAACAGUUCACUUGCCUCAUUUCCUAUCACAUUAUGUGGUCAUUAGGAAAUGACCGGUAAGGUUAGCAUUGGGUCAGCUUUCUUUACCUCCAUAUAAACUUGAAACAUCAACUCUGAAGUUGUGAUUUUGAAAGACUGAGUUCAAUCCUGUAUGCUGAAUAUGGAAGUCCAGGUGAUGCAUCCUAGAGGGGUAAGAACACAUCCCUUGGGCUCCAGUUAGGCUCUCAGAAAAGUCCAUGUAAGGGCUCUGACACUCCAUGGUUUCCAGUGCCUGUAUGUGUUAUAUGUGUGCUUCACUUCUCACAAGCUUCAUUCUGUGUUGCAAGACCAGUAUGUGUCAUCUCCAGCCCUGCCAAAGUUUAAUAAAUUCAUUAAGAAGUUUGAAUUUCAGUCUUAAUUUAGCUACUCCAUUAAAUGGGGAUUAAAUCUCCUGUUAGAGCUGCAGACAGGAUGAGAAAAAAAAGUGUUACUGUAUAUCCACAUAGACAUAGU